AUGGGCUUGCCGCCGGGGAGCGAUAUACUGAUCUCUCGUGUCUUGAGAGCAAACCCAAAUACCGUGGUGGUGAUACAGAGCGGUACACCAGUUACGAUGCCGUGGGCAGGUGAUGCCAAAGCAUUGCUACAAGCGUGGUACGGUGGUAACGAAGGUGGGAAUGGGAUCGCGGAUGUACUCUAUGGAAACGUCAAUCCCUCUGGCAAGCUACCGCUCAGUUUUCCUGUACAUCUCCGUGAUAACCCGUCCUUCCUUAACUUCCGUUCCGAAAGAGGCCGCGUUCUAUAUGGGGAAGACGUCUACGUGGGAUACCGCUUCUAUGAGAAGACCGAAAUUCAGCCCCUCUUUCCUUUCGGUUACGGUCUCUCCUACACUAACUUCUCACUCUCGGCUCUGAGAGUUGCGGUAUCACCGGAAAAGCAUCGUAUACAAGCCGGGGAAGACAUCAAGGUAUCUGUGAUUGUCUCCAACACCGGGUCUACAGCAGGCGCAGAAACCGUCCAACUCUGGGUGAUACCACCAACAACUUCUAGUAUCAGCCGCCCCGUACGCGAGCUCAAGGGCUUCAAGAAGGUUUUCCUAGAAGCUGGAGGAAAUAAGGCGGUCGAAAUAGUCGUGAACAAGGGAGUAGCUACCAGUUUCUGGGACGAGACGCGGAGCUCUUGGAUCUCAGAGAAAGGUGACUACGAGCUACUCAUUACGGGCACUGGUGAGCAAGAUCUGAGGUUUCCAUUUCAAGUAGCAAAAACGAGGUGGUGGUCGGGUCUGUAA